AUGGGGCCACACCCCUUGUGUCACCCUUGCCCUCCCAGCUGUGUGCUCUACAGAUGUGAGACACAAGCCAGUAACACCAGCAAGAAAGGAGCUUGCCGAGGGCGGCGUCUGGAGAAGGUUCUCAGGAGGCUGUCAGAAAUGAGUUUCUCACUGAACUUCACACUGCCGACCAACACGACUUCCUCCCCAGUUGUAACAGGUGGGAAAGAAGCAGACUGUGGGCCUUCUCUUGGGUUAGCAGCCGGCAUCCCGUCCCUGGUGGCCGCAGCCCUGCUGGUGGCUUUACUGUUUAUACUGAUUCGCCGAAGAAGCAGCAGCAAGGAGUCCGCCGAGGAAAGUGAGAGGCCAUGUGAAAUUUCAGAAAUCUAUGACAAUCCCAAGAUUGCUGAGAAUCCUAGGAGGUCACCCACACAUGAGAAGAAUAUUACGGGAGCAGAAGAAGCCCACAUAUAUGUGAGGACUGUAGCAGGAAGUGAGGAACCCAUGCAUGACACUUACCGUCCUACUGUUGAAACGGAGAGAAGACGGGGAUUGUGGUGGCUUAUGCCCAGACUGAGUCUGGAAUGA